AUGUCUUCUUCUUCUCACUCACAAUCUUCUCAACCCAUCGUGUACUGCAAAUUCCUUGAAAGAACUACAAUCCGCACUUCGAAGAUGUUCUCAAAUCCUGGGAAGAAGUUCCACGGCUGUAAGAACUGGAAUAAUGGUGGUUGCACAUUCUUCAAAUGGUGUGAAAAUCAACCAACCACCCAAUCGCAAGUUUCGUCGGAUUCAAUCUUGGAAUUGGAGCGGAAGUUUUCUCUGACUGAAGAGCAAAAAACAUCAAUGGCGGAGCUUCAGAGGAAGAUGGUGGAGCUUCAGAGGAAGCUUGUGGUUCUUGAAGCAGAGUUGCAGUCCUUGAAGAAAGUGAACAAUGCUCAUUUAUCAUCUACUAUGAAGAAAUUAAGAUGUCUGAAAUUUAUUGUAGUUAUCACUUGGUUUAUCGCUUUUAUUGGUGUUGUAGUAAUGAGAUUGUGA